UUUCUUCCUUCUCCCGCAUCCAACUCGUUCGUUUUAUUACCUCGAGCCAACGCGGCGGGACCGAAACCAAUUCCACAUCUCCUCCCCCUCCCUCCCUCCCACCGAGGACUCUUUCCCAAGACCUGCCCCGAGUCCUAGUUCGGGAGAGAGGUCGAGGGAGGCAGCCCAUAAAUUCCUUGCCCGCGAAAAUCUCUCCUCGCCUCUCUCUCUAUAUAUUUCCGCUUAUCUGCCCGCGCAAAUUUCUUGCCGCAUUGGUUUGGUUUUCCGGCUCGGCAAAGGAGACGGCUUUUCUGUCUCCCGUGACCUACAUGAUGGCGAGCACGGCUCCAGCGGCCUCCACCGCCGUGGCAUUCGGGGCAGCCGCCACGCCGCGGGGACCGGCGUCGGCGUCGGCGGCGCUCUGCGCGAGGGUGCCUGCCGCUGCCGGCGGCAUGCGUCGCUCCGGGGUGGCCGUGCGGUGCGACGCCGGCGCCGACGCCCAGGUGCGGGCGGUGGCCAAGGCGGCCAGCGUCGCCGCGCUCGAGCAGUUCAAGAUCUCCGCUGACCGGUACAUGAAGGAAAGGAGUAGCAUAGCUGUGAUAGGCCUCAGUGUGCACACAGCACCAGUGGAGAUGCGCGAAAAACUUGCGGUUGCAGAGGAACUAUGGCCCCGUGCUAUUCAGGAACUUACUAGUCUGAACCAUAUUGAAGAGGCUGCUGUGCUUAGCACCUGUAACAGAAUGGAAAUUUAUGUGGUGGCCCUAUCAUGGAACCGAGGUAUCAGGGAAGUCGUGGACUGGAUGUCGAAGAAAAGUGGUAUUCCUGCUUCUGAGCUUAGGGAACACCUAUUCAUGCUGCGUGACAGUGAUGCUACACGCCAUCUGUUUGAGGUAUCGGCUGGGUUGGACUCUCUGGUUCUCGGUGAAGGACAAAUCCUUGCUCAAGUUAAACAAGUUGUGAGGAGUGGGCAAAACAGUGGAGGCCUGGGAAAGAACAUUGAUAGAAUGUUCAAGGAUGCAAUCACAGCGGGAAAGCGUGUGCGCUCCGAGACUAACAUAUCAUCUGGUGCCGUUUCUGUCAGUUCAGCGGCAGUUGAAUUGGCCCUGAUGAAGCUUCGAAAAUCUGAAGCGCUGUCAGCUAGGAUGCUUUUGAUUGGUGCCGGCAAAAUGGGAAAACUAGUGAUCAAACACCUGAUUGCCAAAGGAUGCAAAAAGGUGGUUGUGGUCAACCGUUCAGCACAAAGGGUGGAUGCCAUCCGCGAGGAGAUUAAAGCUAUCGAGAUUGUGUACAGGCCUCUCUCGGAGAUGUAUGAAGCUGCUGCUGAAGCUGACGUCGUGUUCACGAGCACCGCAUCUGAAACCCCAUUGUUCACAAAAGAGCACGCAGAUGCACUUCCCACUGUUUCUGAUGCCAUGGGCGGUGUCCGGCUCUUUGUCGACAUAUCUGUCCCAAGGAAUGUCAGCGCGUGUGUCUCUGAAAUUGGCUCCGCGCGAGUGUACAAUGUUGAUGACCUGAAAGAGGUGGUGGAAGCCAACAAGGAAGACCGUCUCAGGAAGGCAAUGGAGGCGCAGACAAUCAUCACCGAAGAGCUGAAACGGUUUGAGGCAUGGCGGGACUCGCUGGAGACCGUUCCAACCAUCAAGAAGCUGAGGUCAUAUGCCGACAGGAUCCGAGCCUCAGAGCUCGAGAAGUGCCUACAGAAGAUCGGGGAUGACGUUCUCACCAAGAAGAUGAGGAGAGCCAUCGAGGAGCUAAGCACCGGCAUCGUGAACAAGCUCCUCCACGGCCCGCUGCAGCACCUGAGGUGCGACGGUAGUAACAGCCGCACCCUUGAUGAGACGCUCGAGAACAUGCAUGCUCUCAACCGGAUGUUCAGCCUCGACACGGAGAAGGCGAUCAUCGAGCAGAAGAUCAAGGCCAAGGUGGAGAAGACCCAAAAUUGAGGCCUGGAGUCAAUUUUUCUACCCGUGUAUACUUCACCCUCCAACCUGAUUCCAUUUUUUUUAUCCUCUCACUUACUGAGCUCCUCCCCGUCUUGCCGAGACAUCAAACGUGUCGUGAAUUAGCGCCAUGGCAGCAGCUCAAUCUGUCGAGAGAGUGGCAAAUUCUCUCUACUCGAGCUGCUUUUCUUUGUACAUUUUUGCUCGAGCUGCUGUGGAGCAAGAGCCCCAUUCUUAAGUUAUAUACUUUAUUCGGACGAAAUAAACAGGAAUAUAGCAAUGUGUCAGCUGAUGCCGUUUUCCCUUUGGCAUCACACUUGUAAGGUUUACUGAUACCGUAUACCUUUUAAUGCGUUAACAUUUCCAAAGAGUUUAA